UUGUGUUCAGGUUACAUCACAAUUCGUCGGCGGAACCGCGCGGGCUUCCAUCAUCGAAGAAACCUGUCGCAAGCCGCAGCUCAGUGUCUGUUGGCGAUCCGUGCUACACAGUUCGCUUGCUUUUUUUACAAUUAUUUUUAAUCCCGAUAUCAUAAUUUUAUACCUACAAAAAUAUAAUAUUUAAACAUCGUUUCUACGCGUUUUAUAUCAGCUGGUGUACCUAUAUAUAAUGUAAUACCGAUAUUAGAUAAUUGUGUUUCGGCGGUACCAAAAGACGACCAAUAGAUAUUAUAUAUUUAUACACCUGUUAUAUACCUGAGGGCUGAAGUUUAGACGGCUCAUCUUCGUGGAAGAAAAGCGUACAUGAUAUAAUAUGGUUUAUACUUUAUUAUAAUGCGUAUUUCAGGUUCGAUACGACUCAAUAAUAAUAAAAGUUAUUAAUGAACACGAUGAUGGAUCGGUGCGAGAACUGUGGCGAUGAAUACGAACGGUUGCUGAGCGAAGAGGAUGACCGUUCGUCGGCGGCCGAAGAUCAAUGUAGCGAACGCACGCUGCAUCAUCGGCAACCGCAACCCGUGGAUACCGGUCGGCGCGUCGCCUACGGCUUCGGACACGUCUUCAACGACAUCACCGCGGCCAUUUGGUUCUCUUACACCAUGGUAUUCAUGCAAAACGUUGUUGGUAUACCCUCGACCACCGCUGGAUUUCUGCUGUUUUUUGGUCAAACUGUAGACGCAAUAGCAACACCAUUUGUGGGAAUCAUGGUUGACAAAUUUGGAAAAAAGAAAAAUUGGGUGCUAUUAGGCACUGUGAUGGAAGCCAUAAGUUUUCCGUUAAUAUAUUACGUUUGGAAUCUAUCGAUUUUUGUAACUACUUUGAUAUAUAUUUGCGCAAUAUUAACAUUCCAAAUGGCCUGGGCUCUUGUUCAAAUUUCUCAUUUGUCGUUAAUACCAGAGCUAACUGAUUUGUCUUUGGAGAGAGGCAAAUUAACUUCUAUAAGAUAUGUAUUCACUGUGUCCACAAAUAUUUUAAUGUUCAUAAUUGCUUGGUUAGUGUUUAGAGGUGUACGGAAUAACGGAAAUAUGGGUAGUCUCAUUGGUCCUAACGACUCAGAAAAAUUUCAAAUGUUAGCAUUAAUUGCUACUACAAUUGGAGUGUUUUCUGCGUUUAUUUUCCACGGGCUAUUGAAAAGUCCACGAAAUACCAAUAAGAAAUUGAUGUACAGGCAGAAUCGACAGAUAAAUUUUGAUAAAAUACUACAAUUUUGUAAAAACGUUCAUCUAUAUCAAGUGGCUAUAGUGUUUACGACUUGUAAGCUGUUAAUAAAUAUAGCUCUGAUCUAUAUACCACUAUUUAUCAACGAAUCGGCUAUUAACGAAUCUGGUACCAUUGCUAGCAUACCGUUGGUGGCGUAUAUUUCUUCUUUGAUCACAUCUAUUGGCGUGGAAUACGUUAAACCAUAUUUUAAAUCUGAUAAAGCAAUCUUUACAAUUGGUAGUGUAAUAUCAAUUUUUGGAUCAUUAUUGGUAUUCUUCAAUCCUAAUAACGCAUUAACAUAUCACUACUUAUGUUUAGCUGCUAUAUGCUUUGGUUCAGGAAGUGCGAUAACUUCAGUUUUGAGCCUUAGUGUCACCGCCAAUCUUAUUGGAAAUGAUACAGAUUGUGGAGCUUCCAUAUAUAGUUCCGUGACAUUUUCUGACAAAUUAAUUAAUGGUUUAGUUAUCAUUGGAAUAGAAUUCAUGAAAUGCACUGAUUUGGAAAAAUGUUCACAUUAUUAUAGAGAUGUUUUAGCAUUUAGCAGUGGAUCACUUGCACUCAUUGGUUUAUUAGUAUUUUUAACAAUACCAAAAAUACUUAUAAAAGCAACAAAGAGUUCAUCAUCGCAUAUAGUUAUUUAAAUUAAAUUGUACAAGUAAAAUAUGUUCCUCUGUUAUUUUUAAGGUUUGAAAAUAUUUUGAUUAUUUUAGUAGAUGGUAAUAACUAAUAAUUAAUAAAUAAUAACAUGUUUAAUUUAAAUAUAAUGUAUAUUAUAUAUUUA